AAAUCCAUUUAUUGAAUUUAAUGAAAGUUAAUAAAAGCUUAUCACAAAAAUCUGUCUAUUAAAGUAAAAGGAUUUCUUUCCUACUUUUUACUUUGAAAUUUUCGUGUUUACUUUAUUAUUACAAAUAUUUUAAAAUGACAAAAGCAAGAAAAUCUCCAAAACCCGCUAAAGCUUCAAAACCUGCUAAAACUAACGUGUCAAAUGAAACACAAGCUGCAAAAGGUCGUGGAAGAGGUGGUCGUGGUCGGGGUAGAGCAAAGGCUGUCACAGAACCUAUUGAACCUAUUGAACCUAUUGAACAUGUGCCUAACGCAUCUGGAAGAGGUGGUCGUGGUCGUAGUAAAGUAAAGGCUGUCACAAAACCUAUCAAACCUGUUGAACCUGAACAUGCGCCUAUCGCAUCUGGAGGAGGUGGUUGUGGUCGUGAUCGUGAUCGUGGCCAUGGCAAAACAAAUAAGCCAGUUGAAUCUGAUGUAAGUACUACGAUUAAAGAUAAAACAGGUCAUAGCGGCAAGUCAAGUCCUAAUGUUAUUACUGUUCAUGACGAUGAUCCAAUCUAUGAUGAUCCACCUGAUGAUUUUAGCACUUCAGAACUGCCGGAGAGGUCACAAUUUGGCCGAAAUGACUAUUUUACAUUGGAUUACAGCGCAAUUCUUGAUGAGUCUAAUGAAGACAACUAUGAAUUGGAAACAACAGGAGCAUCUACAAAUAAUAUCUAUGACCAUUCUGAAAGCUCAGAUGAGGCCGAGGACGGUGAAGACAGAAAAACUGAAGUCUCAAUGUCGCGUGAUAUGCCUAAGGCUUUAAAUGGAAUGGAAAAUAUACUUGAAGUCUGCCAAUGGUUAAUAACGGAAAGGCAAGAUAUAUUAUUUAUGGCGAAUCAGAUGGUACCACCGGAUGAAGUAAUUGAAAGACUCGUCACAAAAAUCUUUAAUUAUGACCUCUAUAGCAGUGAUGCUGAAGAGGUCAUUUGUCACUCCAAAAGGGUUCUGACAGAUUUUUGUAGCAAACUCAAUAAAAAAAUUGAUGCAAGGGUAAGCGAAUUUAAAGAAAAACGAAUCAGGGAAGAACUAACAACUGCGCCAACAAGAACAGAAAUUGAAGAGUUUUUGUCCAAAGAAGUUGUUGAGAAUAUUUUAGACAGAUAUUUAAAAGGCACAGACAAAACCAAGGUCAAAAAUUGUGGGACUAUGGAAAAGCUCGUAUUAUUUGUUAGAGAGGCGUUUAAGAUACAUUAUACUAAAUAUAACAUCAAAGAUAUUAAGAAACUUGAUAAAAUUACAAUGAAGUGUAAAGUCCCAAGCAGGUCUGGAAAAAACAUUGCAUCAAAAUUUUCAUUAGAAUGA